GCGCCGGGAGUCCUGCGCCGGAGUCAGAACUGCGUCUCCCCACCCAGGCGCCGGUCGCUGAAGGAGAGCCAGCGAGCGAUGGUGCCGCCGCCGCUUCCUGAUUGGCUGCGGGUGGCUCCCUUCUCCUUCUGAUUGGCAGCUGGUGACUGGAGGAUGCUGAGCAAGGGCUUGAAGCGCAAGAGGGAGGAGGAGGAGGAGGAGGAGAAGGAAGAGGAGAAGGAAGCCCUGGCAGUGGACACCUGGUGGCUGGAUUCUGACCACCCCGCAGUGGCACAGGCACCCCCGGCCGUGGCCUCCAGUUCUCUCUUUGACCUUUCAGUGCUCAAGCUCCACCACAGCCUGCGGCAGAGCGAGCCAGACCUGCGGCACCUUGUGCUGGUAGUGAACACCCUGCGGCGCAUCCAGGCGUCCAUGGUGCCCACGGCUGCCCUGCCGCCUGUGCCCAGCCUGCCUGCAGCCCCUGGCAUGGCUGACAGCCUGCUGGCCAGCUCCGACGCCGCCCUCUCAGCAUCCAUGGCCAGCCUCCUGGAGGACCUCAGCCACAUUGAGGGCUUGAGCCAGGCACCUCAACCCCUGGCCGAAGAGGGGCCACAGGGCCGCCCCCUUGGGGGAGCCCCACCCAGCCUGGGUUCCUUGGACUUGCUGGACCCAGCCACUGGCUGUCUGCUGGACGAUGGGCUCGAGGGCCUGUUUGAGGACAUCGACACCUCCAUGUACGACAGUGAACUUUGGGCGCCAGCCUCUGAGGGCCUCAAACCUGGCCCUGAAGAUGGGUCAGGCAAGGAGGACACUCCGGAGCUAAAGGAGACUGAGCUGAAGGACACUGAGCUGGACUACCUCAUGGACGUGCUGGUGGGCACACAGGCACUGGAGCGGCCACCGGGGCCAGGACGCUGACCGCAGGGCUGGGAGGGUGUCUGGUGACUAAACUGAGAGUUGAUGGCUGAGCCACCUCUCCUUGGAAAGACACGGCUGGCUCCCCUAGGACAGAGAUGGGGGCUUCAGAGAGACAGAAUCAGUCACGGGCAGCUUCACCUUGGUCCCUUCUCUUAGACUGAUGGGAGGAGUCUGGGAUCAGCCCUCACGAUGGAAUGACAGGGCUUGGUGGCUGGAUUGUGAUUGGACCAGGCCUCGCGCUGGACUGACUCCCCUGAGGUCGUAGCCUGGAAUAUGGUUCUCCCUGCUGUGGAAAGAGACCCCAACCAGUUUUUUGAAAUUAAAAACCAGUCCUUGGAAAUAA